GGCAGAUAAUUACAAAGCAGAAUCUCAAUUCGAUAGGCCUAGCUGCAGAAUACUAGAAAGUCUAGAUCUAGAAAUCCAGAUUCUAGAGAUCAGCUUAGAUAGAGCUAACAUCUUGUCUUCAGUAUACCAGUUGCUCCAGCCUACUUAAAUAAAUAAAUAUGCCAUUUCAGAGAAAAAACAUUGUGUAGGCUAAUUUACUAAAAAAAACGCUUCAGCUUUAGAUUUUAGUCACUUUCAGUUUAACACAAGUGACGAAUACUUUUAUUCACCGUCAUGUCGAUUCAGUUGCGAGCUCAAAAAAACCAGAUGCUGGUUCUAGCAGGGACUUCCCACCCUGAGCUAGCACAAAUGGUGGCGAGCAAACUUGGAGUUCACCUUGGGGAAAUUACAGUAUUUCACAAGCAAAACAGAGAGACGAAUGUGGAGAUCAAAGAAUCAGUGCGAGGGAAAGAUGUUUACAUCAUUCAGACAGGCACCAAGGAUACCAACAAUGAUAUGAUGGAGCUUAUGAUCAUAGCAUAUGCUUGCCGGACCAGCGCGGCCAGUAACAUUAUUGGAGUAAUUCCUUACUUACCUUAUUCCAAGCAAAGCAAGAUGAGAAAAAGGGGAUGUAUUGUGGGAAAGCUGAUUGCCUCCAUGUUGGGGAAAGCUGGGUUCACUCAUUUGAUUACCUUGGACCUCCACCAGAAAGAGAUUCAAGGAUUUUUUAGCUUCCCUGUUGAUAAUCUCAGAGCCUCAGCCUUCUUGAUUGAUUACAUACAAACUUCACUCCCUGACUAUAGGAACGCUGUGAUUGUUGCCAGAAAUCCAAACUCUGUUAAAAGGGCAACAUCUUAUGCAGAGCGCUUGCGACUUGGCAUUGCUGUCAUCCACGGUGAGGAAAGGAUGUCAGAGUAUGAGGGGGAUGAUGGGAGGACAUCACCUCCACUACUUGACCCCCCUGUCAAGGAUGCAUUUGGUCUAGAACUGCUACCACAGGUUGCUGCUAAAGAAAAGCCGCCCUUUAAUGUUGUGGGUGAUGUUGGAGGAAGGAUCGCCAUCAUUGUUGAUGAUAUGAUUGAUGACGUGAUUGCGUUUGUAAAGGUGGCUGAGGUGCUAAAAGAGCGUGGGGCCUACAAGGUCCUGGUUGUUGCCACCCAUGGGAUCUUGUCAUCAGAUGCUCCCAGACUUAUUGAGGAUUCCAGCAUUGACGAGGUUGUUGUGACCAACACCAUCCCACAUGAGGUCCAGAAGAUGCAGUGUCACAAGAUCAAGACAGUGGACAUUAGCGUCCUCCUGUGUGAGGCAAUCAGACGCAUCCACAACAACGAGUCCAUGUCCUACUUGUUUAGGAACGUUGGGGUUGAUGACUAGGGUUGUUGGGGGUUGAGUUAAUGACUGGGGGGGGGGGG